AUGUCGCUCCUCUACUAUAUCUACCUGAAAUUCGCCGCCACGCUCGUCCGAGCCAUCGUGAGAUUGCGAGGCGCCAUCCGCUCUGCCCCCGACGUCACCCAUCGCAUCCCCUCGCGAGACCCGUCGCGCACCAUCAAAGCGCAUCUCUAUCGCUCCACCCAGUCAACGCCGCAAAAACCGUCCCCCGUACUCAUCAACUUCCAUGGAAGCGGGUUCAUGAUCCCCGCACACGGCAGCGACGACGCCUUCUGUCGCCGCAUCAGCCAACAAACCGCGUACUCCGUGCUCGACGUCCAAUAUCGGCUGGCACCCGAGCACCCAUUCCCUGCAGCUGUACACGACGUCGAGGAUGUCGUCAAAUGGGUCCUCAGUCAGCCGGAGGAAUACGACGUCUCGCGCGUGGCCAUCUCCGGCUUCAGCGCGGGCGGCAACCUCGCCCUCGUCGGGGCGUCGCACCUCUUCCCGCCGAUGACCUUCCACGCCGUGCUCGCCUUCUACCCCAGCGUCGCGCCGUACCUCGACCCAGGCACGCUCGUGGCGCCACAGCCCGGCGGCCGGCCUCUCCCCACCUUCCUGCUGCGCCUGUUCCGGAACUGCUACAUCCCGCCGGGCGUGGACGCGCGCGACCCCCGCAUGUCGCCCGGGCUGGCGGACGCGGACCGCUUCCCGCGCAACGUGCUGAUCAUCACGGCGGGAUAUGACACGCUCGCGUGCGAGGCCGAGAAGCUCGCAGCGCGGCUGGCGGCGGAUGCGGAUCGCCACGUCGUCCAUGCGCGCAUGGACCAGUGCGACCAUGCGUGGGACAAGAUUGCGCGCGAGGGCACGCGCGGGUGGGAAUUGAAGGAGCAGGCGUAUAUGUUGGCGGUGGAUAUGUUGCGUCGUCCGUAG